CAACAAAAGCAUCCCCACCCUCUUCUUCCCUUGCCCUUUCCCUUUCUGUCUUCCAACCCACACCCUCUCUUCUUCCAUCACUGCGAUUCCUAUCACCCCCACCGCAGUUUGGGGCCGCGAUUCUCCGCCCCUCACCCUCUUCGAGCCUCACCGAUAAAAGGGUCCUCCUUGAUUACAUGGCUAAGAAGAGAAAGUCUAUAGCUUCGAGCCUCGAUGAGGUGGAUCGAACCAUGUAUGCGUCGUUUUGUAGUGCCGCCAAUUCCCUCUCUCAGCUCUACACUCAGGCUAUGAACCACCAAAAGCUUUCGUUCCAAGCCGGUGAACGCCACGGCCUCGAGAAACUUUAUCAAUGGAUCUGGAGACAGCAAGAGGGUGGAUCAAGAGUUGCAACGGUUGAUAUACUUAACUACAUUCAGAAUGAGUUGGAUUAUUGUGGAGAGGAGCCAUCAAUGUCUCCAAGGGCACCACUUCAACAUCAACAGGCUCAACCAUUAAUGCAAGUCAAUAGUUUAGGCUUCCCAGUCGCUUCAGGUUCUUCCGGCCAAACAGUUAUUGCUCAGGGACUUCGGUCUGAGAAUAGUGAUAAUCAACAGAAGAAUUCUGUGUUUUCAAAUGCUUUGUCUAGCCCUGUUCGCCGAAGUCUUCAGAACUAUCAUAUUGGCGAGGGAGGGUCCUGUCCCGGCAGCCUCUCCUUGGGUAAUGGAAACAGGAACACUGAACCUGGCUUUUUUCAGCAGCAAAACAGGGAUUCUGCUGCUUUCAAUUCCAAUGAUUCUGCCAUGGAUAUGCAUGCUGAUUAGUCAUGCUUACUAGUUUAUCUCCUGAAAAUUAUUGUCUCACAGGCUUUCUGCAAUACCUGCAAAGGAAGUGAGUAACUAUGGAAUUACAUAUCUGGUUUGGCCCGUGGUCUCCUACGCGAAAUGACACAGCAGGGUGGAACCAUUUUCAUCAUCCAAUGAGUAUGCUUAUGACGUCGUGGGGAUUGAUAAGUUCGAGUCUUCUGUGAUCUCUGUAAAGCUAUCUGUUGAAUAGGUUUAACCCCUCGUGGCGUAACACUUUUUUUUUUUUUUUUGGGUUUUAAUAUCAUUCUCUUUAAAGACGACUUUUUUAAAAUAGGCAUUGCUUCUGUAUCAAGUUCCCUAUGUAAAUCUGUUUCUUUUCUAACAGAUCUAUUUUGGCAACUUGCUGUUUCUAAUAUCUUGAGGACUUUAUAUCUUCGCUUUGUUUCUUCA